CUUACAAAUAUAUUUGUGAUCAAAAUACCGAAGUAAACCCUGAUAUUUCUUCUGGAAAAAUCGUCGUUUAAUAGAUUUCUGAUAUCAGAUCUGUUGUACUUGAAAUAAAAAGGAAUAUGCAAAGUUGCUUUCGAACGAAAUGGCUGCCGUUUGUGCCGUGAAUUUCGUGCGAGAGAAGAAUCGGCGGAUUUUUAACAUCAUUUCGUGUCCAUCGAUGUUUGCUUUCUUUGGAAAAUUGCGAGAAGGUUCGUCACUACAAAACGACGAAUUUUCAUGACGAUCUGGGCGUUAAUGGCGAUAAAAAUCCGUCGAGAAGAUGCCAAGUUGUGAACAAUCUUCGCUCAAAUUUGCUUGCGAAAAGUUGACUAACGUGUAGUGAAACAGGAGGAGAUCUACCAUUAUUUUGCUUAUACACAAUGUUCCAUAAUGUUGGUUGAGUGUUUACAGCGAGGACAAUUCAAAGUUAUUCAACUCGUGUGAGAAGUUCUCUGAGUCAAGGGGAUUGUGAAGUUGAUAUUUAAAGACAACAAUGGAUCCAUUGAAAGCCAAAGCUAAUUAUUCCAGGGUAUGUCAUUUGUUGGUAGAUAAAGGUGGAGAUGUUUUAAGAAAUGCUUUGCAUGCGGUGCAUCCACCUUCCACCUUAGCUUCCGUACUGAAUGCAAACAAGAAGACCUUACAGAAAAUACGAUACAGUGUAAUUAAAGCCUCGCAAUGGGAUCUACUCUUCCCAAGAUCUGGUACACCAGAUUCAAACAACUUUGAUAUUACUCUAUUGACUGUCCUACUCCGAAAUAUUUGUGGAUUGUCCGCACCAGCCACCGGAUGGAAUGUGAUGCCUCCAGUCAGCGAUACUUCUAUAUCUGCAAAUAUUUUAAGAGUCAAAAUGUUUAGAAAUGAAGUCUAUGGUCACAUUCCGACUGCUGGUUUGGACGACGUAACGUUUGAAACAUUGUGGCAAGAAAUUUCGGUUCCGUUAGCCAAAUUGGGAAUUCCUCAAAAUGCUAUUGAUGAAUUAAAAGUGGCUCCUCUUAGCCCUGAAGAAGAAAGUUAUAUUGAAAGAUUAAAAGAGUGGAAACAACAAGAGGAUGAUUUUAUGUCAAAAUUAAGUGAUGUUGAAAGUAAAGUAGUCAAAUUAACUAAGAAAGUUGAAAAUGUUUAUCCCUCGCAUGUCGAGCAACUGGCUAAAUUUAACUUUGCUGGAAAGAUUCGUGACCUUUGUAGAAAAUUUCAAGAUGGCACUAGAAAGUGGUUGUUUGAUAAACUUUCAAGUUGGUUUGGGAGUGAAGAAUCCAGGGUCUUGAUUUUAACUGCAGGUCCAGGCGUUGGAAAAAGUGUUUUGUCUGCAAAGCUUUGCGAGCUUUUUAGAGAACGUGGUCAACUCGCAGCUCACCAUUUCUGUGACUUUCGCAAUUCUGAUUCCAGCAAUCCUCAGAGAAUACUCCAGUCUCUCGCCAGUCAAAUGUGUGAUAAUGUUGAAGGAUUUCGUGAUAAACUUACUGAAAUUCUUCGUCGUGAACAUUCUCGUGACUCGCUGUCAGACGCAUUUCGUGUUCUUUUGAACGACCCCCUCCAUGCCCUUGACAGACACGAACCAAUGUUGAUCAUCGUUGAUGCUUUGGAUGAGAGCAAAACGGACGAGAAAAGCGAAUUAUUGGAGUUGAUAUCUGAGAGAUUUUGUGAACUGCCUGAUUGGAUUAAGAUAUUUAUUUCUAGUCGACCAGAGCUACAAGUACGUAAGAUUCUUGAACAUCUUCACCCGUGGGAAAUCCGUCCUGAUGACGAAGAUCACAACCACGACAUAGAGCUUUUUGUUUGUCAUAGUUUACCUAAUCUUGAUGAUCAUAGUAUAAGGUCAGUUAUUUCAAAGUGUGAGGGAUCGUUUUUGUACGCUUAUUACUUAGUCAGUGAAUUGAGAGAAAAGGGCGUGGGAAUUGAACCCGAGCUAAGUGAUUACAUCUCCAACGGUAUUUCGGGAUAUUACGAAAAACAGUUCAAACGUUUAGACAUAGGCCUCCAACAUUUCAUGCAAGAUACCUCAUGUCUAUUAAACAGUUUCAUCAAUGUCGUUGCCGUUUCUAAGGAAGCGCUCCCAAUAAAAGUUCUCUUCACAUGCAUGGGUCUCUCUAAAGACGAAUUUAAAAUACGUAAAGCGGUUCUUGACCUAAUGUCAGAGAUUCUUCCAGUUUACGACGGGUGUCUGACUGUUUAUCAUAAGUCAUUAUGGGAUUGGCUGACAUUGAACGGUUAUGAAGAACAUGCAUUCGUUGCAGAUGUUGAAGACGGCAAUAGACGUCUCUGGCGUGCUUGUAAGAAACAAUUCUGCGAGAUAGAUGCUUUGAAGUCUGUUUUUGAAUUCCAAAUUUCACCCGAGAAUAGGUACGCUUUAGAAAAUGGUUUGGAAUAUUUGGUCAAUACAGGCGAGGUAGAUGAAUUUCAUUGGUUGGUGCAUGUUGUUAUAAACUUCUUGAAAAUAAAAUUUUUUGAUGGCCUGUACAGUUAUUUUUUCAGGCGAAUUCUUGGCACGUACCGUUCUAAACUUUCCAAAAAUAUCUAUUGGGGCCUCAUUCAACACGUUUGUUUCUUCGAAAUUGUAGAAGAUAGCUCCGGGAUUGGAAUAUUUAAUACUUAUGAAAAAGAUAAUUGUUACGUUUAUUUGCAAGCACUCGCUAAUGGGCACUUUGAUUUUUUACAAGGUGCCGUCAAUUCCAAAAGUGUAGCUAAGGAUAUCUUGGGUGGGACAAAUGAGAUUUGGAUAGAAUAUGUGACAAUGGAAAGCCAUUCUAAUUUAAGCAUUGUCCCCCAAACUGCGUUUAUAGACGAUUCAGUUUCUGAUUUUUUAGUGUCACCGGACCAGACAAUGCUUGCUUGCAUAUAUGCGCAUGAGCGAAAAUUUCAAAUGCUUAAAAUACCAGAUCUCACAACUAUCUUUGAGACACAAGUUACUAGUAAAAGUCGAAUUUGCAAAUUCCUGUUCUGUUCCUUUUCUCCAGACUCUUCAUAUAUUUUAUACAAUUCAAUCCGGUUCUGCAUCAAUAUUAAAGAAAAGAAAGAGGUCCCCUUCAUUACGCACGGCCCCGAUGACAUCAUUUUCUGUUCAUUUUCCUCAUGUGGAAUGAAACUUGUCACAUUAGAGAAAACGUCAAUCAAAGUGUGGGAUGUAAAAAGCAAGAAUAUAUUGGUUGAAGUUAAGAAUGUGUAUCAUGAGCGAUCUGAUUGUUUGUUUAGUAAUUGUAACUCGUACAUUCUUCUUUGGCCACAGUAUUGGUUGGGCACUGUCUUGGAUUACAUGAACGUCUUGAAUUCUGAAACUUUAGAAAAGAUUGACAACAAGAAUAUUCGUGUUGACCAGAAUUUGUGUAGUAAUGAUUCUUUUCAAAUGUUUUCCCCGCCUCAUUACUUUUCCGAGUCGUAUGAUAAAAUGGAAAUGAAUUAUAUCUGUUUGCCAUCUGGUGAGAAAGUUAUAAUUUCCAAUAAAUAUUGUUCAAAAGUUUUUGUGUGGAAAAACAGAAAGUGUGUAGCAUUCGUAAAUGAUUUGAAAAAUGAUUUAGCUUUGGUAGUGUACGAUUUCAUAAAUCAAAAGAUCGUUGACGUGUUUGAGAUUGGAUUUUUCCCUCGUGAUACUCGUGUCAAUUACAUUUCGAAAUUAGAUGGGACGAGUUUCCUUUUAUCUGUAGGACAUUCCCACAAAGUACUCAGUGUUUUAUCCUUCAAAUCUGUUCUCGAAUGGCCUGAUGCUACUUUUGUUGACAAUGCCAAAAUAGAUUGUCGUGCACUCUCUCCAGACACUUUGUAUGUUGCGUGCUGUUUUAAAAAUUGCUUUCUUUCAAUAAGAAGUGUCGAGAGUGGGGAAACAUUGCAAACUGUUGCACUGAAACAACGAGCAUUGGCAUGUUGGUGGUCAGAGUCGUAUCUUUGGUUGGUCUGUGAAGGUCUGGUUGUUAAAUAUCGUUAUGAACCUAGGAGUGAAAAUAUCUUAGGAAGUCAACAUGAAGAAUCUAUUGUAAAUUUUGAACGUGUCCUUGCAUUUAAAAAUGGAGUUCUUGUGAUUUACGGCGAUCGGAAACUUUCUAUUUUAAGAAUUUGUAACGAAAAACUGUGUUAUCAAGAGACACCGUCAUGUAGGUUUACUGACCCUUCUGUCGCAAUAAGUUCUGAUGGGUGUGCUGUUAUGUUAUUGUUGGAUUCUAGGUCAGAUUAUCAAUUGUGGGAAAUAGAAUGUGGCAACACGUGGAUUGUACGUUCAACCGGAGAGUUGAAUCUACCUGAUAUUCGUUGGUGGUCUUUGUCUGGUACAAAAACGACUCGCAAUGCAGUGUUCUUGUCAGAAGAUACAUGGCCUAAUAUUCGUUUACUUUCUAUUACUUUUCCUAAUGAUGUGCAAAAUUUUCAUAACCUUCUUAUUAAAUACUUUAGAGGGGCUGUUUAUAUCGAUUCUGAUUUGAUCGCUAUUUUCGCCGGUGAAUGGAUACAUUUUGUCAAGGUGUCGGAAGGCAGAAUCAUAGCUUCCAGAUACUUUGGUGAUCUUUUUUUUCCUAUCAGUGUAUUUUGUCCUCAUCCACCUGCUUUCUUUCUUCCAUCAACGCGUUCUCUUCUGUUCGUUGACAGAAAUGGCAACAAAUAUUUCAAAAUUCAUAAUAUUGAAAAGUAUUUCUUAGAUUUUCUUUCUUGAUGCAAGUAGUUUAGAAUCUGAUUUCUUGUUUAAAUGCGAAACCGUGCGUAAAUCAAAACGUUCAGCUAUGGAACGUACUGAAUUGCGAAAAGCACGGAAAUCGUUGAAGCGCUUUUUUUAGUUCUUUCGUGAUGUAAAUUGUUGAGCACGGAAUUUCUUGUUUUAACGGCGAAACGCAUGCGUCUAUGAAAACGUUUGAACUGUGUAAUAUUAGUAGAAAAAUACUUUUAAACUACAGUUUGUAUCCAAGAGAUUUUCCUGAGUGCUGUCUCCUUUUACAACCUGCGUUUGAGAUCCAUUAAUUCACAUACUUCCCUUGUGUGCUUAUAAUAAGCGUACAGGAAUAUUCAGCCUCUUACUUGUUAAGCGUUCAGUUUAUUCUACACACAGGAAUUCAGUAUAAUAGCCCUCUUUACUUGCUUUACUGUUCCUAACGGAAGACGAUGAGCGAAAAAUCCUUCUAUAAUUAACAUGAAUCAUUAUUACAUUUUUUCCGCUUUGGGUAAAAAAAAAGGCUCUGAAACAGACGAAAAAAAUUACGCCGUGACUGAAUACAUUUUCAAUUGUUUAUGUUAUUUUCCUGAAUGUUAAAGGUGUUUAUGUCACUAGAUAGGAAAACAUGAUUUCUUUCAUUAGAAAUUAAAAUCUGAAGGAAAAUAUUUUCGUAGCGAGGCAAACGGAGCUAUAAAAUGAAGGAUGUUUUUGUUCAUCUUUCUUCAUUUAGUCAGAGACUUGAGUGAAAUGAAUAACAAGGAAGGUUUAGGUCAAUGAUUUACCUGAUCUAAAAUAGCUGGAAUGUGUGAUGAAUCGUGGAUAUCUUUACUUUUAGAAUUAGUUUCCUGUUUUGUUAAGCAAACUUUUAUCAGAAGUUUUUAGCAUUCCAUUUUUAUAUUUUAAAGUAAUUGUUUGAAGCCCCUCAGGAAGAUAAAGUACAUAAACCUUUUGGAAAAGGAGAAAGAAGCCUUUGGCGAAGUAGAACUUCCAGGUGAACACAAAUUAAAGGUUCCCCUGGAAGACGGUACAUUUCAAGCCUGUUGCGCUAAAGUUUAUAAUAUUUUACCUGAGGAUGUCAAAUCAUGUGAUAACUAUUCUAGUUUUAUAAGAUUAGCCAAGGCUCAUUUUAACAAUAGAGCGGCAGAAAGACUCACUGUUUAGUAAAGUCAAUGCAUGCGUUUAGUCUAUUAAAUUGUAUAUACACAUAGUUAUAGUUAGUUAUAUUUGUAAUC